AGAGCUACGCGGCGGCUGAGCGGAGGCCUCGUGCCGUAACGGCCAUCGCGGCGGCCGCGGCGGUCUCCCGGUGCCCUCCUCAGGUGAGCUGGGGCCGCACGGACCCGGCAGAGGGAAGGUGAGACGCUGAAGCUGCUGAAAGAUGGCAGAAGAAGUGGUGGUAGUAGCCAAAUUUGAUUAUGUGGCCCAACAAGAACAAGAGCUGGACAUCAAGAAGAAUGAGAGAUUAUGGCUUCUGGAUGACUCUAAGUCCUGGUGGCGAGUUCGAAACUCCAUGAAUAAAACGGGUUUUGUGCCUUCUAACUAUGUGGAGAGGAAAAACAGUGCUCGGAAAGCAUCUAUUGUAAAAAAUCUAAAGGAUACCUUAGGCAUUGGAAAAGUGAAAAGAAAACAUAGUGUGCCAGAUUCUGCAUCUCCUGCUGAUGAUAGCUUUGUUGACCCAGGGGAACGUCUCUAUGACCUCAACAUGCCUGCUUAUGUGAAAUUUAACUACAUGGCAGAGAGAGAGGAUGAAUUAUCAUUGAUAAAAGGGACAAAGGUGAUCGUCAUGGAGAAAUGCAGUGAUGGGUGGUGGCGGGGUAGCUACAAUGGACAAGUUGGAUGGUUCCCUUCAAACUAUGUAACUGAGGAAGGUGACAGUCCUUUGGGUGACCAUGUGGGUUCUCUGUCAGAGAAAUUAGCAGCAGUUGUCAAUAACCUAAAUACUGGGCAAGUGUUGCAUGUGGUACAGGCUCUUUACCCAUUCAGUUCGUCCAAUGAUGAAGAACUUAAUUUUGAGAAAGGAGAUGUAAUGGAUGUUAUUGAAAAGCCUGAAAAUGACCCUGAAUGGUGGAAAUGCAGGAAGAUCAAUGGAAUGGUUGGUCUGGUGCCAAAAAACUAUGUUACCAUUAUGCAGAAUAAUCCAUUAACCUCAGGUUUGGAACCAUCACCUCCUCAGUGUGAUUACAUUAGGCCUUCACUCACUGGAAAGUUUGCUGGCAAUCCAUGGUAUUAUGGGAAAGUCACCAGGCAUCAAGCAGAAAUGGCAUUAAAUGAAAGAGGGCAUGAAGGUGAUUUCCUCAUUCGUGAUAGUGAAUCUUCGCCAAAUGAUUUCUCUGUAUCACUAAAAGCACAAGGGAAAAACAAGCAUUUUAAAGUCCAACUAAAAGAGACUGUCUACUGCAUUGGGCAGCGUAAAUUCAGCACCAUGGAAGAACUUGUAGAGCAUUACAAAAAGGCACCAAUUUUUACAAGUGAACAAGGAGAAAAACUGUAUCUUAUCAAGCAUUUGUCAUGAUAAUGCUGACCAGAAGUGACUGCCUCACAGCUAUAAUUCGUCAUGUAUUUAAAGACUGAGAAAAUGUCAGUCUAGUCAUGUUUGAUUGGAAAUCGCUUUCUAACCCUACAUGAGAAUUGACUAUAAUACAUAAGUAUUUUUAUUAUAACUCAGCCCAUACAUAUAUACUACAUAUGCAAAGCAUCUGCACAAAGCAGUUCCUUAUCCUUGGUCUUCUGUUUUAUUGUUUUCUUUGCUGUUUUUCUCUUUGCUUCUAAUACUAAGGUUUUAUAUUUUGAAAAAAUAAUGCAGAUCAAGUCUUUACCUGGAAGAAUUUAUUGGUUUAUUUUCUUUAUUUCCUUGUACGGGCACCGUAUUAGUCACUUCUGCAAUGGUUUCUCUUCAUAUAAAAUUAUAUCAGUAUAUGGCGUAUGCUAAAAUAAAUUUCUUGGACAAUGUUUUUUUCUGUGACUAAAUAGCAAUAAUAAAUGGAAAAUUAGAAAUUAUUUUCAGGUAUUUGUUGCAAGCCAUUGUAAAUAUCAAAUAUGUUGUGUCUGCCAUUUUAAAAAAUUUAUUCAUUGUCUUCAUUGUAAAGCAAAACAAAUGGGACAUACGUUUGAAAACGUAUCUUGUACACUUUUAAUUUACAGCUGUUGGAAACAA